AUGAGUUCGUUAGCGACCAACCCAUCAUACCUCGUAUCGACACUUCUCUCCACAGUCGAGGAACGUAUCAUUCCUCUCACAUCACAGGGCGUGUGCUCUGGUUCGAAAGUCUUCGGUGCCGCCAUCCUGUCGAACACCAAUCUUGCUCCGCUCACUGUCGCUACCAAUCAUGAAUCUCUGUCUCCUCUUCUACACGGCGAGAUCAACUGCAUUCAGCAGUUUUUCACAGUCGAUUUCCCUGAUGCAAAGACUCGACCAAAUCCACGCGAGGAUUGUGUUUUCUUUGCCACACAUGAGCCAUGUAGCUUAUGUCUGAGUGGUAUCGCAUGGUCUGGCUUCAAAGAAGUGUACUAUCUGUUCACCUACGAAGAUAGCAGGGACUUAUUCAGUAUACCACACGAUAUCGACAUUCUGGAACAGGUCUUUCGAGUACGCGUUGAUGGCGAGGACGACGAGGCGCUGGACAGACGCCCAUUGUAUAACCGAGAUAACAAGUUCUUUCGUGCAAGGGCUCUGGCAGAUAUAAUCGCUGGUAUUAGUGACAUCACAGAGAGGGAACAACUUACCAAAAGACUAGAUGAGGUCAAGGCGCAAUACAAAGGGCUUAGUCAGACGUAUCAAAGCGGCAGGCAAGAAGGAACAGAGACUGCAAGUGUUUGGCAAUAA